UUUGCGGCAAAACAUAAACUGAAAACACAAACUGAAAACCAGACCGCUUCGAAGACAAAAAAAAAAAAAAAAAACAAAGGAAAACAGACGAAAGUGAAAAAGAGCCAUGAAGUUAUUUGACGCUCAUUGCCACCUUCAAGAUCCCAGAAUUCUCAACAAAGCACCCAAGCUCAUUUCCACAGCUUUGGACUCUGGGGUCCUUAAUUUUGCUGUUAAUGGUGUCUCUGAGAGAGAUUGGCAUUUGGUCAAAGAAAUGGGAGAUAAGUAUCCAUCUGUUAUUCCUUGCUUUGGGGUUCAUCCUUGGUAUGUUGCAGAGAGAAGUCCGAGUUGGUUCAGUACUCUUAAGGAAUUCUUUGAGACCACUCCUUCUGCUGCUGUUGGAGAGAUUGGUUUAGACAAAGGUUCAAGAGGCAGGGAGAUUGAUUUUAAUGAUCAGAUUGAAGUAUUUCGGCAGCAGCUAGAGCUUGCAAAAGAGUUGAAAAAACCAGCAUCUGUCCAUUGUGUUCGUGCAUUUGGUGAUCUUCUUCAGAUAAUGAAAGAUAUUGGGCCGUUCCCAGAUGGCGUCAUUCUUCAUUCUUACCUAGGUUCUGCAGAGAUGGUUCCUGAAUUUGCCAAAUCUGGUGCUUACUUUUCACUGUCAGGAUAUGUUAUGCCUAUGAAAACUCAGAAGGCCAAGAAAAUGCUAAAGGCGAUACCUUCUGAAAGGAUAUUAUUAGAGUCAGAUGCACCUGAUGCACUUCCAAAUUCAGAGUUGGGCUCUCUGUUUUUGGUUGACGAAGAUCCUUCCCUCCCUCAAGAGCAUUUUGCUCAAGGGAGAAGUUCAGCUUCAAAUGUUAGCACUCCAUCUGAUCAUCAGUUCCUAGCUUCAAGAGAUGCUUCAGCAUUGCCAAAAGAGAUGCUUAAUCACCCGGCAAACAUUCAUAAUGUGCUCGAUUAUGUUGCAUCUUUGCUGGAAAUGAGAAAGGAAGAACUUGCAGAAUUAAGCUACAGAAAUGCAGUCCAAUUGUUUUCUUAUCAAGGUUCAAAAGUUCCCUUGGGAUGAUAGAUCCGUGUCUUCUCUUUUUCAGCACUGGGAACAUGUUCUUGUACCAUUUGUGCAUCUUGCAAAUGUGAAAUACCUCAGUACCUGCUAAUGUGUUUAUAGAAAAUCUUGUACCAUUUUGUGCAUUUUGAGACUUCUAACUUGUACGAGCUCUUCAUACAUAAUCAUAGCCAUCUUUUUUCCCUUCUCA